AUGGAAUGGGUACCAACACCAGAGGGACUUUCACAGCUUUUGCAGCUGCUUAAAGAUUCAGUGUCCCCUAAUAAUGAAAUUCAUAACAUGAUUCAGCAGAAGCUGGAUUCAUUCAAUAAAAUACCUGAUUAUCCCAAUUACCUCGUAUACAUUCUCACGCAAAUGCCACAGGAAGAGGCAUCUACCCGUGCGAUCGCAGGCCUUCUUUUAAAAAACAAUAUUCGUGUAUAUUUUGCAACAAUUCCACGAGAGGUGCUUGUAUAUGUAAAGACUUUGUCGAUCAAAGGGUUAGGUGAUCAAGAUGCUAUGGUACGAGGUAUUAUUGGGAGCGUGAUUACCACAAUCGUUACAAGAGGAGGGUUGGCGGACUGGCCACAGGUUUUGGCUGCUUUAAUGGAGUUAUUAGAUUCUCAGGAUUACAAUGUUGUAGAAGGAGCUUUUGGUGCUCUACAAAAGAUUUGCGAAGAUUCUGCCCGUGAACUUGAUCAAGAAAUUGAAGGCCAGCGACCUCUCAACUUUAUGAUACCAAAGAUAAUUACGUUUUUCGACUCUCCACAUAUUAAACUUCGGGUGUUUGCAGUAUCCUGCAUAAACCAGUUUAUCCUUAUGAGAUCGAAUUCUUUGUUUAUUCAUAUUGAUGCUUUUGUGGCGGCUCUUUUUAAACGGGCCAGUGAUGAAAAUCCAGAAGUCCGUAAAAAUGUAUGUCAAGCUCUGGUAAUGUUGCUUGAAGUGAGACCUGAUAAACUUAUGCCUGAGAUCGCAAAUGUCGUGGAAUAUAUGUUGUUUUCUACACAAGAUCAUGAUGAACAAGUUGCGCUUGAGGCAUGUGAGUUUUGGUUGGCAUUUGCAGAGCAAGAAGAUCUUCGAGAGCAUUUACGUCCUUUCCUACCAAGAAUUGUUCCUGUAUUAUUAAAAUGUAUGGUUUAUAGCGAUAUGGAUAUUUUAACUCUUGGAGGAGAUGAAGACGAUACUAAUGUUCCAGAUAGCGAACAAGACAUUAAACCCCGCUUUCAUAGGGCUAAAACUCAUACUUUUGAACGCACGGAAGCUAAUGGUGGGACUAGUGUUGAUGGAGAUACUUCAUCGAAAUGUUCAGCGGCUGCAUUAGACGUGCUCGCUACUGUGUUUGGUAAUGAGUUAUUGGAAAUUUUGUUGCCUUUCUUAAGGGAACAACUAUUUCACCAAGAAUGGAAACAUCGAGAAUGUGGUAUUUUGGCACUUGGCGCUGUAUCCGAGGGUUGCAUGGAGGGGGUUGAACCACAUUUACAAAAUUUGGUUCCAUAUCUUAUUCAAACACUUGAUGAUUCAAAGCCUCUUGUUCGUUCAAUUACAUGUUGGACUUUGGGUCGUUAUUCCCGAUGGUGCGUUAAUCCUCCUAACCCACAACAAGAUAGACCAAAAUAUUUCGUACCUUUAUUGGAAGGACUUUUGAGAAAAGUUCUUGACAACAAUAAGCGAGUUCAGGAGGCCGCUUGCAGUGCAUUUGCUACUCUUGAAGAAGAGGCCUGUGAACUGCUCAUCCCAUAUUUAGAGCCUAUUCUUCGAAAUCUCGUAUAUGCUUUCUCCAAAUAUCAACACAAGAAUUUACUUAUUUUAUAUGAUGCCAUCGGUACGCUUGCUGAUUCGGUCAAUUCAGCACUUAACAAGAAAGAGUUCAUUGAGAUAUUAAUGGCGCCACUCAUUGAUAAAUGGCAUUUGUUAAAGGAUGAUGAUAGAGAUUUGUUUCCAUUACUUGAGUGCUUGUCAUCUGUCACAACAGCUCUUGGGUUAGGCUUUUUGCCUUACGCACCUCCAGUAUUUGAACGCUGUGUUAAAUUGAUUCAUAACACUUUAAUACAUUAUGAAAUGCAUCAAAAUAAUCCUACUAUGGAAAUGCCAGACAAGGACUUUAUGAUUGUUGCUUUGGAUUUAUUGAGCGGUUUGACACAAGGAUUGGGUUCCGAGAUUGAAAAUUUUGUAGCAAGCUCUCAACCUCCAUUGUUACAAUUGAUGAGCCUCUGUUUAAGAGAUCCUGUAGCAGAAGUUCGACAAUCUGCCUAUGCCCUUCUAGGCGAUCUUUCUAUCGCUUGCUUUUCUCACAUUAAACCUUAUCUCGGUCAAUUCAUGGUCGAAUUAAUUAAUCAGGUUGAUCCGAGAGCUGAACAUGUUAGCGUUUGUAAUAAUGCUGCAUGGGCAGCUGGUGAAAUUGCUUUGCAAUGUGGUGCUGAAAUGCAGCCAUGGGUUCCACCUUUGUUAGAGCGUUUGAUUCCACUUUUAACCAGUGAAACAACUCCUCGAACGCUUUUGGAAAACGCGGGAAUUACCAUUGGUAGAUUAGGGCUCGUUUGUCCGCAAUUAGUUGCUCCUCAUCUAGAUGUUUUCUCCGAGGCCUGGUGCAAGGCCUUGCGAGGAAUUCGUGACAAUGAGGAAAAAGAUACUGCUUUCCGUGGUUUAUGUGAAAUGAUCCAAGUUAACCCAAAUGGCAUUGCAAAGAGUUUUCUGUAUUUCUGUGACGCAGUUGUACAAUGGCAGCACCCACCCACAGAAUUAAAUGAAAUAUUCCGUAAGAUUUUGACCGGUUUCAAACAAAUGAUGGGUCCAAAUUGGGAAGCAUAUACAAGUAAUUUUCCACCACACAUAAGGCAAAGACUCCAUGAACGAUACGCACUUUGA